AUGUCUUCUGUGCUACAGGAGGCCGACCAGACACAAGGGCCAAUCGAGUCAAUAAUUGCGGCUCUCUAUGCCAGAAUAGAGAGCAUUUUACCCAUCAAAUCUGGCAUGAGCGUUUCGCAAAUUGAGUCGGACCAUAACUACAAGGAGGCCAAAAAUCAUCUCUGCAAGGUGGCGGAUAGCAUGUGGAUCAACGACAUUGCUGCCUGCACGGCAAACACUAUUGAACACAUCAAUCAAUUCGACAACAAUGUCCCCAUAGAGGAAAGAAAACCGACGUCGAUUGCAUCUUUGGAACUGAUACUAGGCUUACUGGUAGACUUCAUAAAUGUCAUAUGGAGCAGUCACCACUUGAAAAUAGACAGCAACAAAGAAACAUCCAGUGAGAACUCGGAGCUUGCAAUCUCGCAGGCAAAUAUCUCGAAGCGAUUGUACUUCAAACCCCGCAAGAUAGCUCGGCCGAUAGCCAAAAGACUAAUUUCUCUUCUGGGUGAUCUCAAAACCCAAACAUGUUGUAUACAGGCUGUUCAGAUCCUGACGUCAAACCAUAGCUAUACCGCCAAAUUUUCUGAGUAUGAGCGCAAAGAUAUUCAAAGAAUUGAUGGCUAUUGUGAUGACAUAGUCAAAUACCUUGCAGCGAGCAACGCAUCGGAAUUCUUUGAAUUCUUGGAGAACAAAUAUAGAAGGGUUGGCUUUGAAGCUUUGUUUGUUCCGCGAUCCGAUUUCAUUGGUCUUGCUUACCUGGAUUCAGACAAUAUCAUUGCCUAUCUAAAGAUAGUGAAAAAUGUUAUCCAGUUAACCACUCGUCAAUCACAACAAAACCUUAUUCUCUAUUGGUCUUCUGAAAGCAUAUACAACUGGGCAGUCACACGAACCCGUGAUUUUCUGAAGAGCACCAAAUCGGUGAAUGUGAACACACAAGCAGAGUUGCUAUUUGACUAUGUUUACAAAUUCGCCGAAGUCAAAGCGUACUUGCUCUCAGUGUACCGGUUUUUGGCGACGAUUCUUCUAUUGACUCCAGCUGCAUACGAAAGAUAUCUCGAUGAAAGACAAUCAAAGUCCUCAACACUGACACUCAAGAGAUCUGUUGCGCGUCUUAGCUCAAAACACAAGUUCCUCAAUGAUCUGACUCAGAUCUUCCAGAAAGCCCCUUCCUCAACUGAUAGCCUGAUUAAGGUCAUGCUCGUGGGAUCCUCUCUAAGCUUGUACGAACCACAUCACCCACUAAGCAAAUUUGCCACAAACACCUAUGAUCAAUUGAGGCUUGACUUAAGUAUGGAUAAUAUGCAGUAUUAUCCAAGCAAUCUGGAGCCCGAGCUAGUCGAUAGCUACAGAAUUGAGGUCUAUGCUGCUGGCUUUAUCCUAAGACCCAAAAAGCUGACUUUGGAAGCAAUAGAUGCAUUUCAAAACUAUUCCUCGAAACCAAUCUGCUUAUCGAAUAUUACUGGGGGUAUCAAAACUCUUGUGAACAAACUCGCAACAGGGAAGUUCUUGUUGGCUUAUCUAAAGACCUUGUUUCCUUACAUGCUUUCAACUUUGCAGAAGCUGUCGAUUCAGAAUACCACCUCCUAUACGGUACUUGACACGGAUUCAUUACCAAGUAAUGACUCGAAUGAGUCUGUGGUUGAUAUCAGAGACGCUUUGCAACAAAGCAUUGCUGCCAGAAAAGCCCAGUCAAAAACGGAACUCUCAACUACACCCACCGCUGAAUCGGAAGUGGUCGAUUCUUCCGCCUCAACCUCACAUGUGCAAUCUUCCGCUGCCAAAGAGGUUCCGCCCUCGAGGUAUAUCCCCACUACCAUCCAUUCAACCGAGCCAAAUUCCACCAUGCUGAAGAACGUUUACAGACCGAAGAAUUUCUCUUCAAAAGUCAUUGCUCCGCUGAAGCACACCCUUUCAACGUCGUCAUCCUCUCUUGCGAUGGCAUCUAUAUCAUCUGCUCCAUCAUCAGCACCCUCAACAUAUUCCACCACAUCCGGUCCAGUUUCUUCCAAAGACAUUAAGGGUGGGAGUUCAUCUUCUCGAAGGUCCACACAGUCAUCGUCCACUUCGAGUAGUACCACGAGCCACAGCAAUGAUGAUGCACCCCAUCUUGUCAAAAUGAAAGUUAAUGUUCUUGCCACUUCGAGGCAAAGUCUUAUAAACAUUUUGCAAACUCUCAAAUAUUGCCCGACAAUAUUCUUUCAUGUUUUGACUCCUGAAGCUGAGAAUAGUCUUUCUGUCUUUGAAGAACAGUUUUCUGUGGCGAUGGCUCCUAUCGUGAAACUCAUUUUGGGAGAGGAUCCUUAUGUCACUAAUUCUGUCAGGGAAUUUUUGAUCAGCUUCCCAAAGAGUGCUGCCAGCAGUAUCCAGGAAAACGCCUAUAUGGGUCAUUUGGCGUCGAUGGUCAUUCUCGAUCUAAUCUCUAAAAUGUGCAUCUCCAAGCACACAAAUAGGGAAGAGUUGGAAAAAAUGCUUUUUCUUUCAACUGAGUUCGCAAGCUUGAGAAUGGAAUAUUUCGACUAUAGGAAUUUUAGUCUGUCAAACCCAUUAAUAUACGAGUUCCACAAGUCAGGGAAAUGCUCCAAAUUGUUGCAAAGUUUUGAAAAGGCAGUGUACCUAGGAUUAUUCUCUGACAAUGCAGAAACUCACAGGCAAUCGCGCUUUCUGUUAAGCAACUUUUUGCAAAUGGUCACAGGAGGCCACCACUUGCCUACCUGUUUCCAGGAUACAUCGUCCCAUUUGGCAAGAGCGAUUCUUUCAGAUAAGCUACCGUCCGGAACCAUGGCAAUGAGGAAGAAGUUACGCGAUCACUUGGCCAAUUUGGAGACCCCAAAUGAGAUACUUCUUGACAUUUGGAAUACAAUGUACGAGAGACUAAAACUCUCCAGUGCCAUUGAGUCAGGAUCAUUAAAGUCCUCAUCAUCGACGUCUAAUCUUGAUCAGGUUCAAUACGAAGAUUAUGCAGACUACCUGGCAUCAUUGGGUGGGAUCUUAAUGUCCCCAGAUUUCGAAGGCGAUCCUCGUCACUAUGUUUUUCAGGAGAAGCUGAGGAAAUUUUUGAAUUCGAAAGUCAUAAAUCUUUUCUCAUCAGAUCCCAAGGAGCGAGAAGAAGCAAGAGAGGUUCUUUGUGUUUCGAUGCACCCUUUUCUGUGUGGAAUAUACUUGGAGUUGCUGACAAAACAUUUCUGGAAAUUUGAGGCAGCAUAUGAGAAGAAAGAGUAUCACAUAUGCGAGGUCAUGGUGAGUGUUUUGCGGACCAUUAGUCAGAUUGAUUAUGAAUCCUUGUUUUUCCAUACAGGGGAAUUCUGCGAACUUAACCUGAAAAUCCUGGUCAUGAUGGAUUCUGAGAUUGAUAAUGACUAUUCGUUUUUGAAACUGAAGCUCAAGCUUUGCAAACUGCAAUCAUCAUUUCUGCCUCGUCUUGAUGACUUAUCUCUUAACGGGAACAUCCUGAGGAAAAAUCAAUAUGCCAAAAUUAUUGCAAACUACCUUGAAAACUCAUUCAACUAUCGUUUCAUCCAAGAGAAAGAGGAUGAAAACAAGCGGGUUUUGAGAUUUGAGUACAAACCUACGAACGCAAAUACGUCUAGAACCCAGAAGGUUUUGCAACAAGACCUGAACGAUAUUCACUACGACAUAAAAGUUGAGACGUCGUUGAUACUGAAAAUCAUUCUAUUUGGCCUUCCCCUGGAUGCUUCUAAUGGUGGUAUGCAUGGAAGAGUUCACGGGAAUUUGGCAAACGAAGUGGCAUUUAGCAAUUAUUUCAACUUGUUCGUGAGAAUUCUCGAGCACCUUGAUGUUUCCGAUCAACCUCAAGGAAUGAAUAUGGCAGAUCGUCAUAGAUCUUCUAUCAUCGUCAAAAACAUUAUUCAGGCACUCAUCAAUUUGUUGAAAUCAAAUUCUGACCUUGGUCUCAAACACUCUCUUCCAUUGGGAUAUCACGAAAACAUCUUAUUGAGAUCGUCUUUCUUGAAUGUCUUUACAAGCAUUGUAAAGAAUCUUAGCAUUCAAAUGAACGCAGAUUCAGAUUCCCAACGAAAGGAAAUAAUGACAGAAGGCCUUGGUCUCGUGGCAAUCGACAGAUUACUCUUGUAUUCGUGUACUCAGGUCUGCCCUACUUCGGAGGUUGACGAUUUUGCCAAAUCCCUGCUUACACUGACAAACGAUAAGGAACUAGAGCUUUCAAUGAUCACGUCCUUACUUCGUGCGGAUAUACUUGACACAAGUGAUUAUGUCGAGAUUUUGAGAUCGAACACCGUGGCUACUCGAAUGGUCGCUCUUUACUCUCAUAGAGUUGCCAAAAACUAUCUGGUGAGUAUUCUCAGGCCGAUUUUUCAUCAACUGCAAAACUCUGGCGAGUACUUUGAAAUUGAAAAAAUCAGCGUAGACGACGAGAGUUGUGAGGAGAAUUUGCGUCUUUUUAUGAAAUACUUCACGAUGAUAGUUGACGCCAUAACAAACUCUGUGGAUCAGAUCCCAAAAGGUUUAAGACUGAUAUCGAAAACGAUUUAUGACACCACUUCCAUCACGUUUCCAGAGUCCAAGCUUUCAGUGUUGGGAGCCUUUUUAUUCCUUAGACUAUUCAAUCCGGCGAUCGUUUCUCCAGAAGGCUUGAAUAUUUUGCCGCUGAUGUCCGUUCCGAUGAAGCGCUCAUUAAUGCAAAUUGCGCGUAUAUUACAGUUACUUGCCAAUGAAAGCUCCAUUUCUGUUAAGAUUCCACUUCUGCAAACUAAGAUUGAAGAGUUAAAGGAGCAAAAAGCCAAGAUCAACAAGUUCAUGGUGGAGGUAACUAAUAUCUCGGAUGCUGCAUUGCUCUCAGACGAUUCGGAGAACCUCAUUGAUGACGGCAGUAUUGAAACCGAAUACAGCUUCUUUCACAACUUUUUAUACGACCACUGGCUUGAUGUUCGCAUGAUAUAUUCUAAACCGUCGCCUAUAUUUGACGUCCCCAUGGAGGAGCGUUUCGUUAUGAUUAGAGAAAUUGAUAGCUUCCUUUCGAGAUCAGGAGUUCCGAAAAGGAUCACCGUCUAUGAGAUUCCAGAAUCCAUCAAAAAAGACCAGUCUGAACGAGGUGUCCAGCUUUACGAUUUUAUGUCGCAAGUUUCCUUGCCCGACAGACAAUUCAAACCUAUGAUCAAGGAAUCUAUUACAAGGGAUGGUUUUCCUCUUGUAAUCGUGGAUAUGUUCCAAAUCUACCGUGAAGAAGAGAAGCCCUCACCCGAAAUUUUGUGCUACCAGUUAUUUUUGACAAGCAGCAAAUACUGGGAGAACCCUUACUGCAUCCUAUUCGAUUGCACUGCGUACAAUAACGACACUCUACUGAGUCCAGUGCUGGACUUGAUGUUCACUCUCCUAGCUGAAAAAUACAGGAAAAAUUUGAAACGAUUAUAUUUCUUCAAUGUUUCUCACAGGUACUUGAAUUCACUCAAGGAAGCAAAACAUCAUUUUGAAAAUGCGAAUAUGCUGUCCGAUUGCGAAGUUUUUUUUGUUAGCGCAAAUGAAGACGAGAAGGCCUUCGCUAAACAGGGUCUUAUUUAUUACACCAAUGCCGUGACUAAGGAUGCUAGGGUCACUUUCCAUGACGUGAGUCUUUAUCAGGAGAGCGUCAAACGAUUCAUUCCCGUGAAGCUGAAGAUUGGAAACAAAUUCCUUCAAAUCUUCUCUGCUCAACCUCAAAGACUAAAAUUUGGUCAGAAAAUGAAAACAUUGUACCUAGUUGAUAUUUACCAGAUUACGACAUUGUCAACAAUGAGUCCGUCUAAUUUCACGGGGGUUGCAAACGAAAUGUCUACAACAGAUACUUUGACAGAUUUUAGACUCAUAUUGACAUCUACCAAAAAGGCUGAAAUUAUGCGCACAAUCUACUUCUCAAAAUCGAAGUACUCGACAGAAGUCCUGGACAAUGAAGAGGACAGAAAUAUUGAAAAGUCAAUAGGAAAACUUCUUAACAUAACAUUGACGGGUCUUCUUUCUCAAUAUGAUGAGGUUAGAAACGCUGCGUUCCGCUUGCUCACAGCCAUGACGGACUGUUUCAGACUAUCAGUUGGAAAGAAGAUUGUUAGCAGCGAUGCAAUGGAAUUCCCGUAUGGUGAUGUACAGUAUAUCUUUGCUCUGUCUGACCAGCUUGCCGCCAAUCACCCACAGCUGACAUACGACUUCUUGUCUGGAUUUUUUGACACCCUUGAGUAUUGUCAGGAGCAAGAGCAAGAUGCAUAUGUCAUAUACACUUCGCCAUGGAUCAAAAACAUAUUCAUACACGUUUAUUCAGCUGAUUCUAUUAAAGGCCCAAGAAGAACUUCCGAUUUGAUUCGAAAAUUUGUCAGAGCAAGCCGAAAGUCCAAAUCGACGACGCUUGCAUUCGCCCUAUAUAUUUGGGGAGAGUUGUGCUUGGAGGAUCGGCUAGUGGAAAUUGUUAUUGAUGAAAUCAUUUCAGCAGCCAUUGAUCAUGAGGCCGAAGGCCACGGCUGGGAGGAGAUCACCAAAUAUUGGCCAUUGACGCCUACGGUGGAAAUUUGUGGUUUACUGAUUCACAGACUUCGAGAGAGGUCAUACUUCAUCAACAAUGACGAGUCAGAAUUGGAAUCUCACACAAGAUGGAUUGAAACAACGGUUUUGACACGCUUCUUAACGUUUCUUGUGUUUGAUUCAAUAAUUUUUGUUCAGAUGUAUAUCAGUGACAUUUUCUACCUCGUCACGAUAUACAUGGACCAAGGGCCAUUAGAGUUUCGCACAUCCAUUCUCCGUCUGGUCAUGAGAGCACUUCAUUCGUUUUUAUCGAGGGAGAAUUUAACUCCCGCUCAGAUCAAACUGAUUCGGGAGAAAAUAGAGCUUUUUGAAGGAGCAAGAUUUCGGAUGUUAUUUGGUUUAACCCGCUAUGAUGGUAUUGCGUCGACCACAACGGAACAAGCGGGAAUUGAGAUGGUCAAUAAAUCUCACUCGAUUGCCACGGUGACGGAAUCUUUGAUAUCAUUCUUGAAAGAUCUUUGUGACCCAGCUGAUUACGAAUUGCAUCUAAUUAAAUGGAAUUCUUACGUGCUUAAUAUUGCAUUUUUAGAUGAGGCACAACUUCAAGGACGUGCGAUGCUGGUGCUGGGAAGUUUAGUCAGGGAAGGUGUCAGCCACAGCAUUGUGACAAAAUUUCUUAAGGUUUUGGCAGAAAUGCUAACAGUCCAAGAGCAGAAUAUUCAGCAGGACAUCGAUGACAAACUUUACAUGGUGAUAUGUGUGCUACAUUCAUUUACAAAACUCACUGAAGGAGUUCCCUCUAGUUCCCCUUUCGCCCCACAAUUCUUUUGGAUUGGAUUCGCUCUAUCUUUAUCCGACAAUGUGAUUCUCUAUCAGUUUGCGAUAAAAAUCAUGAAUGCUGCAUUAAAAAAGGUUGCUAGUUAUUUGAGUGAUUCUGACAUAGAGAUAAGAGACUACUUAUUUGACCAUAGGACGGUUUUCGAAGGUUGUUUGGAGGAACUCGAGUCCCUUCAUGACAUUGACGUUUCGAAAAACCAUUUCGAUGUUCUGAUGACCAGUGUUUGCUCUAAAGGUCUCCAAAUUCCAUUUGCAACAGAUCCUACAUUUGGUUUUCUUGAGACACUCUUAUCCGCUAGGUAUCGAGAAAGCAUGAAGUUUGUGAAAAAGUUUGACAGGCAAUUUGAUCUGAACACAAUAUCGUAUGCAUUCUACCUAUUUGUUUUUUCUCAAAAUGACUCUGAGCUCAUGAGUACGCUAUACGAAUGCGGUAUGAGAGACUUUGAGAUGGUGAGAAUAAGUGAUAACUAUCAUAUUCCCAAAGUCUUUCUUGACUUUUGCAAUUCAGAUACUCCCGACGUUUAUGUGAACACGCUCAAUUUAUGCCGUUGCUUUAACGCUCAAAAAGGUGACGAAACGAUCAUUUACAAGUGCUUGAAGCUCUACGAUAUAAUCAUCGAGAGAUACCCUAAAAUUGCCUGGCGUGCGUUCAAUUUGAUGAUCAAGACAAUAAGAAAAGUAGCCGAGACUUCUACGUCAACAAGGUUAUUGCACACCACACUGAAUACAAUUUCGAGUAUGAUCACAUGUCCGGAAUAUAAUUACAGAAACGCUUAUGCACAAGAGCUUCUAAUCAAGGUGGACGAGGCUGGUCUUAGCGGAAUAAAGGCUUGGGAGUUCAUGUACACAGACCGUUCAUCAGGGUUUCUUAGUCCUUUGGAGAGCAAGCAAAAAUUAAAGAGAAACAAACUCAUCAGAAUACUGGUGGAGAAGAUCACAGCAGCUCACAUACACGAAGAAUGA